AUGAGCCAUCAAGUUGCGAUCGCAAAGGCGUCAUUCUCUGCGGCGCUGCUGCGGCCUGACCCCUCGUCUGUGCCUCGAGAUGAGAUCACCGCCGGUCACAGUUCCCUCGAGAGCGCCCUAUCGCAUUGCUCCCACGCAAACAUCCAGAAAUGCAAAAGAUGGCUCCUUCAAUAUGUGGCUUCGUCCGCUAAUAGGAUAGGGGGUCUGGCCAAAUAUCUGGUUGCUCUAGCUGCCUCUGAACCAUCGCAGCCCACUGGAAACCCCUCCCCAAAGCGCCGACGUCUCCACAUACUUUACCUGCUCAAUGAUUUGUUGCACCAUACCAAAUAUCAUCCAGGCGCCAGCACCACUUUUUCCACAGUGAGCGGGUCCCUGCAGCUACACAUCGUGGCAUUGGUUGGCCAUGCGGCAGCCUGUGAUCGCCAAAAGAAUCCACAGCACCAUCGGCGGCUAGAUGAUCUGCUGAGUAUAUGGUCCGAGCAUGGAUACUUUAAUUCCGAGUUCGUUGGCAGGCUCCGGGAAGUGGUGGUCACCUCGGCCUCCACAGGGGCCGCCCCACUAUCCGAGGAUGUCGCCAGCGCAGAUGCCAAGAAGCCCGGGAAGGACGCACCUUUUGUCGUGCCAUCGACUCAUGGAGACUCAUCGGCCCCUUACUACGAUAUCCCGGCGGGAAAUUUGGUCCCCCACAUUAUGCCUAGGUUGACGAUGUCCCUCCCACCCAAUUCCGUCAAACCAAUUCAGCUCAUGGGAGGUCCCGCGGAUGGUAAACUGGUACACCUCCUCAAAGACUUCUUCGGCCAAGUGGACAAGAUUGGUACCCUAUCCGAGACCAAGGACGCGGAUCCAGACACCGACGGACUGGGCCACUCGAUUGGUCGGGACGAGAUCACCAAGGAUAUCCUCGACGGUGACACCUACUAUGGCUGGACCCGCCUUUUCUGCCAGCAGAUGAAGAAACUCCCAGAGCGCUCUCGCAGUCCAAGCCGCAGUCGUAGUCAAAGCCCAGCUAACCUCAAGCGCCGCCAUAGCGACAGCUACAGUCCCGAGCCAAGGUCCCCGGAUCGGUCACGAUCGCGCACGCGCGAUGUGCGUCGUCGCUAUGACUCGCGGUCCAGGAGCCGCUCCCCUGUUCGCUCCCACGAAAGCUCAUACCCCCGUGCACCACGUGGACCACAGUCUUCUCAUUUCCCUCCUCCCCAUCAUCAAGCUCCUCAAUAUCCCCCCGCACACAAACCGUUCCCUCCUCCACAUAACCCGAAUGGCCAGGGACAAUAUGGCCGGCCUAUGCCUCAGCCCGGGUAUGUUCCCCCACCUCAGAACUAUGGUUCUUGGCCUCCCCCACCCCCGCAAAUGCAGGGUGCUUCUUUCUCCCAACCUGGACCCGUUCAUCAAUCUGCGUUCCCCCCUCAAUAUCAAGCUCCGUCAAUGCCAGCGCCUCAGGAUCAAGGCCACUCUAUGCCCCCUGGUCAGCACCACUUCCCUCCCCCUUACUCUGGGGGCCAGAGUGGUUGGGGUCCCCCGAGUGGAUCGGGUGGGCGGCCAUGGCGAUAA